AUGCGCGAUAAACAUUUAUCAUCAAGUAAAAAAAUAGUUUCUAUGUCGUUUGAACAAUUACCUGAUGAAAUUUUAUUGAUUAUUUGUUCAUAUUUAAGUCCAUUUCAUAUAAUUAAAAUAUUUAAUGAUUUAAAUUAUCGAUUAAAUUGUACAAUAAGUCAAUAUCGACAAAAUAUUGAUUUACGUUUUUUAAAUAUACGUCAAUUUUAUUUCUUUUGUAAAAUGAUACGAUUUAAUUUUGGUAAUAAUGUACGUUCAAUUAUUCUUUCAAAUGCAGCACCAGCUGUAAGACAACUUAUUUUAUUUCGAAAACAAAUUGAACCAUUUACACAUAUAUUACCAAAUUUAGAACGAUUAACACUUAUAGAUCAUUAUGAUGAUGAAUUAGAUCUUUAUUUACCUUUAAUUUCAAUUUUAAAAAAUCUUAAAGAAUUAAAAAUUAAUUUUAUUAAAAAUAAAAAUGAAACAAUAUUAUCUAGUUUUAUUACUCAAAUGUUAACGGAUAAUUUUAUUUAUUUUGAUCAUAUUCCAAAACGUCGAAGACGUGAUACAUUAACAUUAGAAAAGUUAUCGUUAACUGGAACUGGGUAUUUAAAAUUAACACCAAUUUAUAAUGAAACAAUUACACAUUUAACAAUUGAAAUUGAGAAUACUGAUGACCUUGUCAUAAUUUUUACAGGAUUUGAUUAUCUACAAUAUUUAAAUGUUAAUUUGAAACAAUUAACAGUAUUGUCGUCAAAUCUCUGCAACUUUUUAUGUAAUCAACGAAAGGUUCAAUGUUUAUCAUUGAUCGAUUUUCGUUUUCAAGCAAGAUGGCAUCCGGAAUUAUUAUCAUUUAAUCAAUUUAUAUCGAUAUUAAAUAUUAUACCGAAUCUUCAGAAUUUCUCAUGUACAUUAAAAUCCGAAACGAAUCAAAAAGAAUUUGAUAAUUCUGAUUAUAUUAAUAUAGAAAAAUGGCGUAAUUUAUGUAUUAAAUUUCAUAAUCUUAUUAAUUUAGAUUGUUCAAUUAAAUGUAUAUUAAAUUCAUCGAAUGGUUCUGAAACUGAUUUUGUACAAAUUAUUGCAAAUAUUUCUCGUACUUCUGAUCGAUCAAUUAAUAUUCAUAUUUAUUACAACAAUGAAAAUAUUAACCAUAUGAAAAAUUACUCUACUGUGGAGCUUGAUAUUCAAGAAUUACACAAUAUGACUGGAUCACAAUUGGCAAAAAAACUUCGACAUAGUCAAGAAAUAACAUUAUAUAAUGAUUUCUUUGUUGAUGAUGAUAAAAUAUUUUCAAAAUUUCCUGAAUCAUUAUUUAUUCGAGAUGAUAAUAUAUUUUUACAUAUACGAAGUCUUGAUUUCUUAGGAGAAUUUUUAAAUAUGAAUAGUAUAUUAUUAAUAACAUUUGUUAAACAACUUAUACGUCGAUCACCAAAUCUUCAAUCAAUUGGAUUUUUUCUUUAUUGGGUAGAAAAUAUGACUGAUUUAGUUCUUAAUUUUCUUCGACCACUUAAAAAAUAUUUAAAACAAAUUAAAAAAUGUUAUUUAUAUACAGAAGGUGAUAUUGAUGAAAAAUUUAUUUCUGAACUUGCAAAUUUAUUUCCAUCAUUAACUUUAUUAUCGAUUAAAGUUGAUUGGUAUUGUAAUACUGCUGAAAUUGUAAAUUUAUGUCUUGUAAAUAUGAAACAUUUAAUUCAUCUUGAAAUGGUAUUAGAAGAUAUUCCUGAUUAUUUAGAUGAAGAUUAUAUUGAUCGAAUAAAAAUGGAUAAAGAAAUUGAAUCUUUAGCAAUGACACGUGAUAUACAAGAAUGGUUAAAACGAAAUACACUUUUAGGAAAAAUAUCACCAAAUAAAAUAUUUCGGGCUGAAAAAACUGGAAAUGACUUAAAAAUUUGGCUUUAA